AUGUUGCUCUCGCAUGCACUGCCACUCCUCAACUCAAUUUUCGACCUUGUGACCGUAACAUUCAUCUCUGGGCUUAUAAUCCUCUCGGUGUUAUCCAUAAGCUUCAUCUUCCACCUUCGUUUAAAAUCAAAAUCCCUCACGCAUUUACAGAACUUCAACUCCCUUUGGACCGUUCGCUUCCUCCUUGUCUUGUUCAUAUUCCUGUGGUCCAUCACUGAACUUCUCCGCUUACCUUUUUUUCGCCGAAAAUACAUCUACACUUUUCUACCCACUUUUACUAUAUCCCAACAAGCCAACCUCUGCAAAGUCCACAUCGUACUUUCCCUAGGAUUCUUCGAACCCGCCUUCCUCGUCACCCUCUUGUUCCUCCUCAAUGCCUCUAUUAAAAAGAAAACCCCAAACGAUGCUUGGGCCAUCACCUUCGUGCUCCUCAUUUGUCUCCCCAUCGCCACGCUCCAAGCUUUGCUCAUUUCCUUCUCUCCGUUGGAGAACCGUGUCCCUGUGGAAACCUCGGUGAUUUUCAAUGACGGAUACGGCUUCGACACCGUGCUUUGCACCCACCCCUUCCUUACCAGUGUGGCCUUUGCAGUUUUUGGUAUAACCUACUGCACAUGGUUCUUAUUCUCUUGUUGGAGGGUUUUGUCUCUUGUCAUCAACAAAGGCCUGAGGGUGAGGAUUUACGUGUUGGCAUCGAUAAUACUAGUGGCUGUACCAUUGCAGAUCAUAUCGUUGGGGUUCAGCGUGUUGUGGAGCCCCCACCAGGAAGUGUAUGGCAUCGUUUCCCUUGUGGCCUUUCUUAGCGCCUUUUGUUGCGCCACCAUCGGUGAGGGCAUUCUUGUCAUUAAGCCAAUUUCCGAUGCCUUGGACGCCGGAGGAGAUUGUUGCAUUUGGAGCCCACGACAACUACCACAACUCCAAGGAAGUGUCGUUCUUCGUUUAGAGGGACCACCCACGUGA